UAGGUUGUUUCAUUAAAUUCGUAGGUUCCAAUAUUUUGGGACAUUCGUGUGAAUCUCGCUCGCAGCGCGAUGAUUCAAUAUAUUUUGUUCGCGAUACUGAUAUUUUUGAUUUUAGUGACUAAACGGAGGCCUAAGAAGUUCUUGGAUCUACAUCGAGUGAUAGGAGUGAGCUCCCCCUACGUGCCGUUCAUUGGACAUGUUUACAAGUAUUUUGGAACUAAUGAAGAUCGAAUGAAAGCUUUCGACAGGUUCGGUCGGGAAACUUACGAUAACAAGUACAAUAUGGUCAGUUUAUGGAUAUUGAAUACGUUCAUUGUCGUUGUAUCGGAUCCAGUGACUGCGAGUGUAGUGUUGAAGUCGUGUAUAGACAAGGGGCAGAUCGCCCGGUACGCGCGACAUCUUCUCGGUAAUGGCUCUGUCUUUGCAAACGAAGAAAUAUGGCGAAUCCGGCGAAAAAUUCUCAAGCCAAUGUUCGCUGCUAAAUAUUAUAACAUGAUGGUGCAAAUGUUCGAACGAAAAAGUCAAAUAUUGAUGGACCAGAUCGCGCGUGUCGCGGGAACCGGAGACUUGUCCAUGUGGCGAUACUUCAGCUGCUACUCGCUCGACUCUGCACUCGAGAUGACUUUUGGGGAAAGUGUAAAUGUUCAGAAGCAAACCUUCCUCGAAGCGUUGCAAGACUACUUCAAAGUCCGAGCGCUGCUCAUCUGCCAGCCCUGGCUGUGCAGCAGCUACCUGGAGCCGCUGCUGCGGCUGCACGCCAGGCAGCGCCGCGACAGAGACCACAUAUGGAGUUGUGUUGAAACUUUAAUUCAGAAAAAGAAAGAAGCGAUUCGCACUAAAAUUCUUCAAACCGGGAUGAAUAAUCCCAAUAUGUCAAAUAUGAAAACGACAUCAUUUUUGGAGCUACUGAUAGAGCUGUCUGGCGGCGAGGGCGGCGGGGGCGGCGGGGGCGGGUACUCGGCCACGGAGCUGCGCGAGGAGAGCCUGGUGCUGCUGCUGGCGGCCACCGACACCACCGCCACCGCGGCGGGGUUCACUACCGUGCUGCUCGCCAACCACCCGCGCGACCAGCACAGGGUCUAUGAAGAAAUCCAAGAAGUUUUGGAAUAUUCAGAUAGACCGGUGUGCAUCGAUGAUUUACCGAAAUUAAAAUAUUUGGACGCCGUGAUAAAAGAGUCCCUGCGCCUCUACCCUCCCGUGCCCGUCGCGAUUCGGAAAUGCCACAGCGAGAUACAGUUGCCCUCUGGUGCAACCCUGCCUGAAGGUUGUGAGGUGCUGCUCUCGUUCUGGAGCAUGCACCGCAACCCGCGCCUCUGGGGCGCCGACGCGGACGAGUUCCGGCCAGAGCGCUUCCUGAGCGCCACGCCGGAUCAACUCGCCUCCUUCAUGCCCUUCGGACACGGGCCGCGGAGCUGUAUUGGCUCGCGCCUGGCGCUAGCAAUGCUGAAGCUGUCAGUGGCGGAGCUGACGCGUCGCUGGCGCCUGCGGCCCGCCGCCGGCUCCCGCUGCAGCGCCGCGGAGCCGCUGCGAGUCAGCUUCGAGGUGAUGUUGAAGCACGUACACGGCUUCCAAGUGCAGCUGGAACAACGACCUUGACAUAAAUAUAACCUGUCAUUUAAACUA